CCUUCGACUUGAACAUGAGAAUAAUCGUCGUGGACUGCAUAUCCUCUCUGCGACUAACAAUUACUUGUACUGAGUCCUGGGCAGCACUAUUGCACUAGGCCGAUAUUCUUGACUUCGCAGGUUGCUGCACAUACUGGCUAGCUCUGAAUAGGAACUCGACUACUGAACUCGAGCUUUAGCAUCUUUAGCCUUGCCGACUUUUGACUAUUCUAGCCAGUGAACUUGAGGCGCCAUGACUGAAUCUCCGUUCGCUUCAAUCAAAGAUAAAACCGACACCCUCCUCUCAACCCUCAUCCCCGCCAAUAAUACUCCAGGCGCGAACUUCCUCGCCCUCUCGCGCGAUGGGAGCACGAUCUAUGAAUCUUCGUUUGGUGUGAGGGAGAAGGGUAUGUCUGAGGUUAUGACGGAAGAUACCGUCUUUUGGCUGGCAUCGUGCUCGAAGAUCCUCACUUCCCUUUGUGCUAUGAAGUGCGUGGAGCAAGGGCUCAUCACGUUGGACGAGGAUGCAACUCCGUAUUUACCUGAGCUCGCGAAACAACCCGUCCGCCAGAACACAUCCACAGGCCAACCGACUUACAUCCCUCGCAAAGUGCCUAUCACACUCAGACAUCUUUUGACGAUGACGGCGGGGACGGGUUACCCUGGCUUCGGCGUCUCCCCGGAAGUGGCGAAGACCAUAUCGACGAGUAGGGAGCCGUAUAUGGUUGCUGAGAGGAGGACGCAUUAUGGUGGCCCUCUGCUCAGUCAGCCAGGAGAGAAAUGGGAAUACUCGGGCGCGAUUGAUUGGGCGGGCGAGCUCGUCGAGGUUCUUUCGGGGAUGCGUCUUGGCGAUUAUUUGAAUAAAUAUAUAUGCGAGCCUUGUGGCGUUAGUGGGAUCACGUUCGAUCUCACUCCCGACCAACGCUCCCGACUCGCAGGCGCACAUUUUCGAUGGCGCGACGGUUCCGUAACAGCCCGCGGGAAAAUUAUAAUGGACGACGUGGUCGACCACUUGGGAGGUGCGGGUGCGUUUGCGACUGCGCGGGAUUUUGCGAGUGUGCUUUUAUUGUUCAUCAAUGAAGGGAAACACCCGGUAACGGAAAACCAAGUCCUUCACCCCUCAACGAUCCACUCGAUGCUCAGCCCCCAACUCACGCCCUCCCAAGCGAAAUGGCUCGAUAUGCCUACACCAGUCAAUCGGGGUAAACCGCUCGCGCCGGGUGUGGAGAAGCAGUGGGGGUUGGGAGGGAUGAUUAUGUCGCAAGGAUUGCGGACGGGGAGGGGGAAGGGGUGUUUUACUUGGAGUGGUGUUGCGAACACGCAUUGGAUGGCGGAUCCGGAGAAGGGCGUCGUGAUGGUCCUCUUUGCUCAGAUCAUCCCGCAAGAAGACGCCCGCAUCAUCUCCGUUCGGAGUAAAUGGGAGGCCAUCGUCUAUGAAGGUCUUCAACGUCUUCAAACCCCAAAGUCAGGUCCGGACACGGGAACGACUGCAGAUGAAGAUGAGAAGCGGACGAUAUCGAAGAGUCGGCUUUGACGCGGUCAUUCUCUAGGAGCACAGGGUUCAUUCUGUCCGUAUUUGACACUGGGGCUGAUAGACACGGAUAACCCGCAAUGUCGUUUUGGCUGCAUCGGACGCAGAGUCUGUAUUGUAUCGGUCACGCUGGAUUCGUUCACGAUCAAGCAGAGCAUGGCAGUG